UAGGGGGCGGAGCCUAGCGCUCAUUCGCUGCUGGCGUCACGCCGCGGAGAGUUCCGCAUUCCACCAAGCUCAGCGAUAUAUAAACUCGCUGAUGUAACGCUAGCAGACACACAAACGAGCUGAACGGACGAACAACCGCACCUAACGACAAUGAUGCCUGGUCAAAUCCCUGACCCGAUGAUGACGGCCGGUUCUCUGCCCAGCGUCGGUCCGCUGGCUGGUAUUCCCUCCACCACACUCACAGACCAGCUCAAACUUGCAGAGCUCUACAGCCUCGGUACGGUUCUGUCUCCUCUCAUCCUGAACAGACAUGCCAAGAGACCGUUCGACGUCAUCAAGGGUGAGUCAGAUGACGAUGAAGAACGCAAGAAAAGAAGGCGCGAGAAAAAUAAAGUUGCAGCUGCUCGCUGUCGAAACAGAAAGAAGGAAAGAACCGACCUGCUCCAGCAGGAGUCCGAACGGUUGGAGACGCUGAACUCGGUGCUGAAGUCUCAGAUCGAGGAUCUGAAAUCUGAGAGACAGCAGCUGAUCGUGAUGCUCAACCUCCACCGGCCCACCUGCAUCGUCCGCACAGACAGCAUGAAAAGCCCCGAGAGCGAGCAGCGAUCCGAGCAGUCCGACUGAACACCACACCACAAUCACAGGGGGAGAACAGACACUGUCGGGACACUUAUUGUCAGUGUCUAAUUCAGCAUGAAGAAAAUGGGAGGAGGUUUGUGUGGACAAGAAACAAACAAACAUCCCUGAGAUCAUGCACAAAGCUCAAAGACGUUUGACACUCGGUCAUAAAGCUGCAGGUCUCUCAGUUGAUCUGAAUGAAGCGCCUGCAGGUGGCGCUGUCUGAUAAACUGCUCACUAACGGUGAAGUCUCCAUGGACUUAUUAUUGUUUACAGUUGCAUUGACAUAGUUUGUUGCAUGUGAUGUUUAUUGUAUUUACAUUUUUAUUGUGCCAUCACAUGAUAUGGUGACUUGUAUGUGUUUUUAUCUUCAGGGUGUCUGUUGAACGGCCACUUUUGUUACCAAAUAAUGUUUCUUUUGUUAUGUAAAGCCACGUUGAAAUAAAGCCUAUUUUUCAAAUACAA